AUGUCGAUCCCCCCGCAGCUCAUCCGCGUCAAGCGCAAACGGGACGAUGAAUCUCCCGUUACUUUUCUCCAGCUCGAUGAAGGGGCUAAACGCCAUCGAAGCGAGGCAAAUUGGGUAUACCAGCGACGAGAAUCAACCGCCGCGCCGGCGGGCCCAGCCAUUAGCCGCGGCGAUGGCAGACCAGUGAUUCAUGUCUCGCAGCCGGAAGGGUCCAAGACACACAACGAUGAUCACGGCUCCGGUUCGAUGGGGGAUAUACGGGGAGCUACGAAGCGACCUGCGGAUGGACAGCUCCCGGAACAGCGCAAGUUCCAUGUAUCUCGAGCGAUGCUGGCACAGACAUCCACCAACCAAGGACCAGCCAGCCCAGGAAGCUCAAAACAUGUGCGGUAUGGACCAACUAUAUUUGUCGAGCGUACCGGGCGUAAAAAGAUUGUACCAAGGUCUUCCCGCCAGAGCCUUGUCAUAAAAGAUGCCCACACCAUCAUAGCAGCAGGCCAUCAACAGGAAGUGGUGAUGAGCCCCGACGAGCCCAUUGAGCAGAAACACCUCAAGAAGCCCGGAGUCACGAAGCGACGAGAUCCUUCCCAAGAGCCUCCGGCUCGUGCUCCUCUCCCACAGUCGCUAAUCAACCGCGAUAUUGAUGACAUGGACAAGAUCACCGCUGAUAUGAACCAAUGGGUAUUAAACGAGAUUGGUGCAAACUUACACGCCAUGGAGGUGGAAAGGAAGCAGGCGGAGAAGCCGAGAUUCAGACCUAAAGCUCCCGAAAAGAGAUACCAAGAGCGUCACCCUGAGGUUGCAACAGCACCUGUCGAGGAAUCGGUAGAUACACCGAUGGCAGAUGCAAGCGAGGAGGAAGGGGACGAUGAGGACUGGAUCAUUGAGGAAUACGUCCGCAUUCCGGCUCACUCUAUGGGCCUCAAUGUCCUACCCUCUGAUGUCGGCAUCUUGGUCCUGAAUGGAGAAGAGGAGAAUAUGUUGUUUUACGGGCCGCCUCAAGAUGAAGAGGACGAGUAUGCCGAAGAUGAUGAGGAUGAAAAUGCGGAAAACUACUAUACGGCAGACUAUCCAGAGGACGAAGUCGACACCGAGGACGAGUUCGAUCGUCACGCUUACAUGUAUCGUAAUGCUAACGCCUCAGACGAGGAAGAGUUUGACGACAACGAAUACGACAGUGACGAGAUUGUCAUGGAAGGCCAAGACGACGACGACGAUGACGCAAGAAUGGACCGAAUUCGGGAAUUCAUGCAACGCAACGCCGCAUUUCGAGACGCGCGAUAA